AUGGAUCUGAAGAUAAUCACGUGGAACUGUCAGGGUAUCGGGGGUGACCUGACAGUUGACAAUUUGCUGGAGCAGAACCGGCUUCACACCCCUGAUAUGGUUAUUCUACUGGAAACUAAGAAUAAGAGUAGGAGCUUUGUCCAUCUGAAAGGGAGUCUAGGUAUGGAACACUGGUUUGCUAUUGAGCCUCAGGGCAUUGGAGGUGGUUUAUGUGUUUUUUGGAGAGAUGAGUCUCUUGUGGUGCUAACAAAAUCGGAGGAAUUUUUUAUGGAACUCAAGCUGUGGGAUGAAAAGAUGAAUUGCAACUGGCGACUAUUCGCCAUUUACGCCAGUACUGAUGAAAAGAAGAGAAAGGAGCAAUGGCAAGUACUAUCGAUGCGCAUUGGCCAAGAUAGGGACCGAUGCCUCCUCUUAGGCGACUUCAACGAUAUCCUCUGUAAUGAAGAGAAAGAUGGUGGGAAUUAUAGAUCGGCUGCUAGUCUGCGUGACUUUAGAGAUUUUGUGGCUCGGGACGAGCUCAUGGAUUUGGGUCAUGAAGGCUACCCCUUCAUCUGGAGGAACAAUAGGGAAUCUCUGCCUAUCCAGCAACGCCUAGACCGUGGGCUGGCAACGUUAGGGUGGUUUGAAAUGUAUCCUAACACCAAAAUUAAGCAUGUGAUCUUGGAAGGUUCUGAUCAUGCCCUUCUGUUUCUCUCGACUGAUAAGAUCCCGGAUUGGAGGGGAAGGAAAUUCUCGUUUGACAGCCGCUGGAGCAGGUUGGAAGAAUGUCGUGACCUGGUUGUUAAAGAAUGGAGAGAUAAGAUCAAUGGGUCUCAUGCGUUCCGUUUUUGCGAAAAAGUGAAACAUCUCAGAAAAAGAUUAAAGGUCUGGUACAAAGGGAGAGGCAGGAAUUCCUUGAAACUGAUCUAG